CGAUUUUUAUACUUUAACGUGCGCACUGUUAAAAAACUGUUACAAAGUUUUAUAUUGUAAAAUAUCACAAUAUAAAAUUUUUAUUCAAAUUCUAAAGUUAUUUUAAAACAAAUAAUUAAUUAAAAAUUAACAUACAAAUCAAAAAUAUACACAAACAAAAAAAAAUAUUUCUGUUAAUGGCGAAUAUUAAAAGUUAUAUCCGAUAGUAGUGGAAAAACAUUAAAAAGGCUAUAAGAAUAACUGAAAUAAACAUUUACAACUAAAUUAUCACCCGGUCCAACAAUAUGACUGAAGGUUCUACCAUAUUGAUUGAUGAUAAACUUUUACAAGAUGUUAGGAACGAACAUGAUCAAAUUACUUGCAAUAUGUAUAAAUAUAAUGAUGAUAAAAUUGAACUCGAUGAUGAAUAUGAUGAUGAUGAGGAAAAUUACACUAGCACAGAUCAAGCUGAUGAUGAUAACGAUGAAGAGGAGGAGGGUGAGCGAGAUUUAACAAAUCUUACUUGGCUUAUUGAAUUACGCAAUCAAACAAUGGAUUUUGUUAACAUGACAUUAGAGGAAGAUAUAAAGAAAGACAAAAACAAAAUAGAUAUAUCAGUUCCUACAGAACAAACUACAGUUCAGCAGGGAUCUCAACAUUGCCAAGAAUUCGAAAAUGAAUUGGAUUUUACACCUUUAACAGCUAAAUUGGAACAGAAAAGUCAACGAGUCCACACGGAUAUAUCUCAACACAAAUCCAAAGAAACACGCGCAAUUAAAAUAUCUAAUCAACAAAAGCGACAAUCACCUGCGGAGCGAUACGAAAUGUUUUUGAAUAAAAUUAAAAGGGAAUUGGAAAUCUACGAAGAAUCAGCUUUAUAUUAUCAAUCUGAUGUUGUUCAAAAGCCUCCAUUCAAUUAUUCGCAUAUCAUUGGAAUGGCUAUGCUUGAAAAUGGCAGACGUGUUACGUUGCAACAAAUCUGUACUUGGAUUGAAAGAAAGUUUGCUUUUUUUCGUGUGCGGAAAAAGUGGAAUAAUUCAAUACGGCACAAUUUGUCAUUACAUCCUUGCUUCCGCAAAAUCGGCCGCAAUAAAGAGGAUAAAGGAAAAGGUGGUUAUUGGGAGUUAGGAGUUGAUCCUAAAAAAAUCGAUCGAAAACGCAUCCGUAAUCGAAAAUCGUCAGGGCAAGGGGGCAAAGCAAAAAAUAAAAAAUAUAUUAAAACGAAAAAGAAAAGGCAACAAAAUAUGACCAUCAAUAAAAAGAUAAGUCUUAAACAUAUACAGGAAAAUUUAAGAAAGUUUCCUGGUGAGUAUGAUUAUGAAGAAUUGCUAUUAGAUGAGAUGGAUGUACAACAAAACAUUGAUGUAAUGAGCACAAACACAAAUAGCCACAACAAAAACACUCACGACACAAGUUGUAAGCCCUCGCAAAGACAACGAAUAAAUCCAACAAACAAAAUUAUCAGCCCAGAGUCAGAAAAAAUGUUAUCAAAUUAUAAUAAUGCUGAUGAUUCAGUAGCUUUAGAACAAAAUGAAGGUACACAUUUUACCAUCAACACAAAUGAACAAUCGCCAUCAGAACAGUCAUGCCAGCAGCAGUAUAAAUUAGACACAAUAAUUAUAAGUUCGUCUGAAGUUGGUGAAGAUAUGCCAAGUAUUCAAAAUAUAAAUCCGCGCACACUUAACUCGUUCCUAACAACAAAUCCCACAAAAAAACUAAUAUUUGAUGAACAACAACAAUAUCAUAAAUGCAUUCGAUAUUCUGAAGUUGAUGAUGUGCAACAAAAUGAAAACGUUAUUAUCUCCUCAUGUUUAUGCAAUUUAUCGGAUGGUCUUACAACAUGUGUUCAUGAAUCGACAUCAAAUCAGUGUCCUAACAUUAAUACGACCAGUCCAUCAAACACAGUGACACUGGAUUUUAGUGCCUUUCCCGCUCAAACCGUUAAAACGAAGCCAAAUGUCAUUGUCGAGCAAGUUAUUCAACCAUCUUUAAAUUUCUCAGCAAUAGAAAUUUCAUCAGAUUGUAUGCCAACAUCGACACUAAACACCACAACUACAAGAAUGUGUAUGAUUGGAUCACAAAAUGGGAACUAUCCAAAUGGGGUUGUAAACGAAAACUUUCGUCCCUACAUAGAUGGUAUCGAUGAAGCUUUCCAGUAUCUGCGUAGCAUUGAUAAUACAAGAAAUGAAGAUAUUUUAGAUAAUUUACUUGAUAUCACUGUUAGUGAUUAUUAAAGAAGUGCUAUUAUAAUUGGAUGUGCCGAAUACAGUAGAGUGACAAUGAAAUAUACAUAUUUAUGUGGGAUAUUUUAUUAACUUUUUAUUUAUAUUUUAUUGCACUAUGUCAAAUUUCAAAGUUUAUUUCAAUUAAGUAAAAAAGGAAUGAUAAACAUUUUCAAUGGAAAACUCUUAGAUAUGCUCAUUUGAUGUCAAUGUUCAAAACAUUUGCUAUAUUAAACAUUUACCUAAAUUGUUUUCCUAAUUUAUAUAAUACCAUUAUUAGUAACCGUAUUGAUAUCCUCAACAAAAAAAGAACUUCCAAAGAAGCGAAAAAGAAGUAUAAUUUACUCUAUGGAAGUAUUUAAAAAGAUCUGCAGAAGUGAUGAUUUUAGCACAGCCUUGUCAUAGAAGGGAUGUCCUUUAUAUUUGAUUCCAAAUUCACUACUUUUAAAGUCAUUCUCAACAAGUAAUUCUUUGGUUCUUUUUUUGUUAUUCGGAAGUGAAAUUGUAUUAUUAUAGAAUACAACUAAGUUGUC